AUGGUGGACGCCUUCUGUGCUACUUGGAAGCUGGUGGACAGUGAAAACUUUGAUGAGUACAUGAAAGCUCUCGGCGUGGGCUUCGCCACCCGACAAGUGGGCAACGUGACCAAGCCCACGGUGAUCAUCAGCCAGGACGGCGACAAGGUGAGCAUCCGCACGCAGAGCACCUUCAAGAACACCGAGAUCUCCUUCAAGCUGGGAGAGGAGUUCGACGAGACCACCGCCGAUGACAGGAACUGCAAAUCCACGGUGAGCAUGGACGGAGACAAGCUAGUCCACGUGCAGAAGUGGGACGGCAAGGAGACCAAGUUUGUCAGGGAGAUCAAGGACGGCAAGCUGGUGAUGAACUUGACCUUCGAGGACAUCCACGCUGUCCGCACCUACGAGAAGGCGUAG